AUGGCUGCGCACAAGAAAAUGCCAGAUUUCGAUGUCAUCAUUAUUGGUGCAGGCAUAUCUGGCAUUAAUUUCGCAUACCGUAUGCAAGAGCGAAACCCAGAGCUCAGUUACUGUAUCCUCGAUGGCCGACACGAAAUUGGAGGGACUUGGAGCUUAUUUCAGUAUCCGGGUUUUAGAUCAGACUCAGACCUCUAUACGUUCAGUUUUGCGUGGCGCCCUUGGACAGGGAAGAAUUCCAUUGUUCAUGGCUCUAUCAUUCGCCAGUACCUUGAAGACUCGGCCGCCCAAGAGGGCAUCGAUAAGAAGAUACGCUUUCGCCACAAGGUGAACAAGUUGAAUUGGUCAUCCUCGCCUAAUAUGUGGGAUUGUGAAAUUACCGUCAAUGACACGGAAAAGAUGUCUUUGAGGUCUCGUUUCAUCUUCCUUGGCACAGGCUACUAUGACUACGAGGAACCUCUACCCGCGGACAUUCCUGGGAUACACAAUUUCCAAGGCAAGGUCGUUCACCCCCAGUUUUGGCCUGAUGAUCUCGACUACGCCGAUAAACGGGUUGUUGUUAUCGGAUCUGGUGCUACCGCUAUCACACUACUUCCCUCCCUCGCCACAAGUGCUGCGCACGUAACCAUGCUCCAGCGCUCACCAACUUACAUCGCGUCCCUUCCCACCCUAGGAGUUUUUGAAGCCAUUGUUUUGAAGAUACUGCCUAGUUUUAUGGCACAUCGAAUCAUACGUCUUAAAUGGAUCCUUUUCUCAUUAUUCAUGGUGUCGAUGUGCCAUCAUUUCCCUCGUUUAGCCAAGUCUUUCUUCCUCAGUGGAACAGCCAAACUUUUGCCCCCAGGCAUGAGCCUAGAGCCAGACUUUGUGCCUUCUUAUAAUCCGUGGGAUCAGCGCUUGUGUCUUUGUCCUAACGGCGAUUUUUACGCCGCAAUUCGGAGCGGAAAAGCAAGCAUUCAUACCGGUAUAAUUGAAACGAUUACUGCGUCUAGCAUAACCCUCGCCUCUGGAAAAGAGCUCCAUCCCGACAUCAUCGUGACAGCGACUGGGCUCAAGCUACGCUUGGCAGGCGGUAUCGCCAUUACUGUCGACGGCGAGCCGUAUAGAUUAUCGGACAACUUUACUUGGCGGACUGCCAUGGUGGAAGGUCUGCCUAACUUAGUGCUGUCAAUCGGAUACACCAACGCAAGCUGGACACUGGGCACAGACUCAACGGCAAAUUUAGCGUGUCGUUUGCUGAACCGGAUGAGGAAACAUGGCUUAUCGGUAAUUGUGCCGCGAAUGACCGCGGAAGAGAGGAAGCACUUAGAAGAACGUCCAUUUUUGGCAUUAUCUGCAACCUAUGUGAAGAAAGGGGGAGAUGUGUUUCCUAAGACUGCAUCUACGGCUCCGUGGCAGCCGCGUUCGUACUAUUGGAGGGAUCUAGCAAUCGCGCGAUGGGGCGAUAUCAAGAAAGGCAUGGAGUGGUUGAGAUAG